UGCGCAGUGAAUACCGCGGCGCCGGGGGCGGGGACAGCUCGGUCCGGUCGCUCGGGGCCGCCUGGUUCCUCCUCCACCCGCGUUGGGCUGAACCCAGAGCCCAGAAAAGAGUCGGUUCUGAGUUCCCUGUGGGUGUGCGGCCGCCGCGGAGGGGAACAUGGCGCUCGUGGGCAGCCGAGUGGAAUUGGACGCGGACGAGGAUAUCUUUGAAGAUGCCUUGGAGACCAUCUCUAGGUCUCCAUCAGACAUGGCCGCCAGUGGCUUUCACUUUGUACCCUGUGACACCAAACGGACCUCCAGACAGCUGGGAGCAUCUGCUAUGGGAAGACCAGAAGGUUCGUCAGCCAAGGUGGAUCUCAAGAGCGGCCUGGAGGAAUGUGCAGAGGCCCUGAACUUAUUUCUAAGUAACAAGUUUAAAGAUGCCUUAGAGCUGCUUCGUCCAUGGGCCAAGGAGAGCAUGUACCACGCCUUGGGCUACAGCACCAUUGUGGUGUUGCAGGCUGUCAUGACCUUUGAGCAACAGGACAUCCAGAAUGGCAUUUCUGCCAUGAAGGACGCUUUACAAACCUGCCAAAAAUACAGGAAGAAAUGCACAGUAGUCGAGUCUUUCUCCAGUCUCCUUUCUCGAGGGUCCCUGGAACAACUGAGUGAAGAGGAGAUGCAUGCUGAAAUCUGUUACGCUGAGUGUCUCCUGCAGAAAGCAGCACUCACGUUUGUGCAGGAUGAAAAUAUGAUCAACUUCAUCAAAGGUGGACUCAAAAUUAGAACAAGUUACCAAAUAUAUAAGGAGUGCCUGUCCAUCCUGCACAUGAUUCAGAAGAACAAGCACGAGCAGCACUUCUUCUAUGAGUUUGAAGGCGGAGUCAAGCUUGGGACGGGGGCCUUUAAUUUGAUGCUGUCUCUUUUACCAGCAAGAAUCAUCCGAUUACUAGAAUUUAUUGGAUUUUCUGGAAACAGGGACCUGGGCCUCCUGCAGCUACGGGAAGGCGCGUCAGGAAGCAGCAUGCGGUCCCCACUCUGCUGCCUUACAAUCCUGGCUUUCCAUACCUACAUCUCCCUGAUUCUCGGUACAGGAGAAGUGAAUGUCGUGGAAGCAGAGAGUCUCCUUGCACCGUUCCUCCAACAGUUCCCAAAUGGCUCCCUCAUACUGUUCUAUCAUGCCCGAAUCGAACUGCUGAAAGGCAAUGCUGAGAAGGCUCAGGAAACAUUUCGAAAAUGCAUUUCAGUUCAAGAAGAGUGGAAGCAGUUUCACCAUCUCUGUUACUGGGAAUUAAUGUGGAUUUAUAUAUACCAACAAAAUUGGAUGCAGGCGUAUUACUAUUCAGACCUACUUUGCAAGGAGAGUAAAUGGUCCAAGGCAACAUACGUGUUCUUGAAAGCGGCCAUUCUGAGCAUGCUUCCAGAAGAAGAGGUGGCCGUAACUAAGGAGAAUGUAGUGUCUCUGUUCAGACAGGUCGAUGGCUUGAAGCAGAGGAUCGCGGGGAAAUCUCUCCCCACCGAGAAGUUCGCUGUGAGGAAGGCGAGGAGGUACUCCCCGCCCUCAGGUGUCCCAGGAAAGCUCGUCUUGCCAGCCUUGGAAAUGAUGUACGUCUGGAAUGGCUUCUCAAUAGUGGGCAAAAGAAAGGACCUUUCUGAGAACCUCCUGGUGACUGUGGAGAAGGCUGAGGAGGCUUUACAAAAUCAAAACUUCACUGACUACUCUGUGGAUGAUGAAUGCUUGGUGAAACUCCUGAAGGGAUGCUGCCUCAAGAACUUACAGCGGCCCUUGCAAGCUGAGCUGUGCUUCAACCAUGUUGUGGAAAGUGAAAAGCUGCUGAAGUAUGACCACUAUCUGGUGCCAUUCACUCUAUUUGAGUUGGCAUUUUUGUAUAAAAGCCAAGGGGAAAUUGACAAGGCCAUAAAGGUCCUAGAGACUGCAAGAAACAACUACAAAGAUUACUCGCUGGAGUCCAGACUACACUUCAGAAUUCAAGCAGCUCUUCAUCUCUGGAAGAAACCUUCCUCAGACUGACUGGAACACACAGGAUGGAAUCUUCUCCCCCGGUUAACACGGACUCUGGCUACGGAGAUCAGUCCUGUCAAGGUGGAACCAUGAUCCUUCAAAUAAGAAACAGAAAUCCUGUUGUCAGGCACUUCCUGUCACCAGAGUGGCGUACAGUCUACAUAUUUUCCCCUAUGGAAUGACAUUCAAUACUACAUAGAAAUUCUUAUACUCUGCCUUUAAGAAGAAUUUCAAUUGAGGGGGGUGAAGUCUUUUAAAAGACUAGCAGGAACAAUAAAGCCUAGUUAGAUUAUUUAUUUUUUUAAUGUAAAAAUUAAUAUUGUUCAAAUAGCAAAUGGCUUUAUCAGCUGAGCCAUUUUUAGAUUGGCUUGUCCUUUAAACUUCAGAGAUAUUUUACUGCUGUUUAAAUCUCAGAGAGUAAAUAAAUAUCACAUCUAUAAUAAUAUAACAGUGGGUUUCUGGAGAUUCUGGAAGAGGGAUGUGGAGGGUAAAGUAUUCCUUUGCAGAAGGGACUCAUACCUCAGCAAGAUGUUACAGAUGUAAGUUGGGAUUUACAGUCCUUUCAUUGGUUGAAGGUGUGGUAUUUUUCAGAAACUAUACUGUAUUUGAAUGUGCUCAUAGCAAAGCCAAUAAUAGCAUUCAAUCAUAGAGACAUUUCUUAUGUAUCUAAGGGAGGAGAAAGCUGUAUCUUAGAACUAACUCCCUAACUGUAGCACUGAAGCCUGGAACACAGGCUUCCCUUACGUUUCCUUCUUAUAGGAAGGAAAAAUGCCUGUGGCUUUAAAUGAUACCUAAAAUAUCAGUGAUUUUUUUUUAAUAGUCAUGAUGCUGCUGCCCCAAUACUCAUGGUUCCUUUUAAAUAUCUGGGCUGCAUUUUGGUUCGCUGAGUAGGAAACAGAAUCUGAGCAUGAGCAGAUGCUUUUCUGGAGUCCCCACAACUGUCAAUCACCAUUUGUGAAUAAGAAAGAACUUCCUCAUUUUGUGAAAUAGAAAAAGAACAGGUGUCUUUAAAGUUCCCUUUGAAUUUUAUAACUGUGAGUCUGUGUAUUAGACAUUUUCAACAAUGUUUAGCAUUAAUCCAAACCCUUCUCACUAGAAUAUAGUUUUUUUCCAACUCCUCCCUCUCCUCCCAAUCAACGUCCUGUUAACAGUACGUGUUACAGCUGAGGGCCAGAUUCCAUCCAGUGACAAAACCCAGUUAAUGACUCCAUGAACCUGGGUUUUUGUCUCAUUUCUAUUAUUUCCAAGACCAGGAACUCAUCUAGACGGUAGAUGGCUCUACCUUUCCUAGACAGAGCCCCAAGUUUGUAGUUUGCUGUCUCUCUCUGUUGGUUAAUAGUUAACAACAUAAUGCAAAUAACUUACCCUUUCUAAGACUUGGGUUUCUAGUGGGAGUGGCAAACCCCUCCCACUAGCCCUCCCUGCCCGAGGCCUCAGGAGAUGGUGCAUUUGGUAGCUUCCUGUACGCUGGGAAAGUUACAAGUGAGAUGGUAGGUACUAUGGCCUGGUGCAUGGAUUACGGUCCCUCUAGUGUCCGCUGAGUCUUUGGUCUCUGCUCUACAAUGAGAUGCAUCAGAGCAUUCAGGACCUUUCCGUUUAUUUACUUACUUACCACUUAGCUCAGACAGUGGCCCAGACUGUAGAGUUGCUCCUGCUGUCCUGUCCCCCACUGCUGUUCCCCAUGCUCAGCCGACUCUAGUGUCGUGUUACUUAAGGUGCCAUUUCUAGAUCAACACUGAGGAAGUAAUUUUUUGAGGAAGGUGAUUAAUACAUUUUGAGUCAGAGGACCAUCCCUUCAGAUAACACAGAAGCAGAUAUCAUUAUAUCUCAUUAAUAUGAAUCACACAUCUAGCUACAGAUAGAAGGGGAAAUAAAUUGUCAUAAGCUGUAGAAAUAUAUUUAAUAAUUAUAUAUAUCUUGGAAGAAAAGUUUAUAAAUUCUUUAGAAGAGCUUUGAUAACAUUUUAAAAACACAAUGUAUUCAUACUAUUAAAGAAUGUGGUGGAGUGUGGUGGUACACACUGUUAAUUCUAGCAUUUGGGAGGCAGGGGCAGGCAGAUCUCUGAGUUUGAGGCCAGCCUGGUCUAUUUAUUCAAAACCGAAACCAACCAAACCAAAAGAAUAUCCUUAUUUUGUGAGAAACUAUCAAAGCUCAUGGUCUGUAAAUUCCCAUUCUGAUAUAAAAUGAAAAAAAAAUUAGCUAAAAAUGACUAUUUUAGGGACUGGAGGGUGGCCCAGCAGUUAAGGAUACUUUCUCUGCUUUUCCAGAGGAGCAGUGUUUGCUUCCUAGCACCCAUGUCAGACUGCUCUCAAUUGUCUGUAAUUCCAGAAGCUCUGACCUCUGUAGACGCCCAACACACAUGGCAUGAUUCACAGAGAAACACGUAUACACAGAAGGGCAGAUAAAUAUCUUUUAAAUGACUACUUUUACAUUAUCAAACAAAUUUACCUGUACUAUUAUAUUUUCUUUUGUGGUUUUCUUUUGUUUUUGUUACUCAGAUUCUCUCUGUCAGCAGUGUGGACCAUCUGUCCAGUGACUUUAUAAAUGCUGCAGUAGAAUUAAUACCACAGAACUUUGUCAUUUUCUGUCAUGUUCCAGAGACUGCACUGGCACCAUUUUCUUAGGAUGUUUGUAAGAGUCACCUUUUAAAAACUGAUCUAUGAUUUAGGAUGUUUUGUGGAGAACAAGCACCUAAGAGACUAAUCGGACUAAGAGAAAGAUUAUCUAAUCAUCUUUCUGAGGCCACGGGGAGGAGGCUGCGUUUCCAGUAUGUCUGAUUGCACUUUCUGUAGCCACAGCAAAGGCCGCAUUCUGAUUGGUGCUUUGUAAAUGUCAGGAAUGUAUUUCAGAGCCUUGGGAAGGUUCCUCAUUUCUGCUGGAGAGUUAGUGGACGGAUAACUACACCAACUCCCAGUUGGAAUCCACCAACUGACCACUCGCUCUGCUGCAUUCAGGAGUUGUUUCCACGUUACACUGCAGACAGUGAACUGGCUUUCCGCCUGUUCUGAGGACAGGAGGAGUCAAAUAGGUAGGAGCUAAGGGAGAUACAUUUCAGAUUCCUGGGUGGGAAGGAAGGACAGUCUGCAGCCAUUACAGCAAUCCAGUAAUCCCACCAGCUCCUUGGGAAAGGAGUGAACUCAGCAGUUCUGAGCGGCUGCCAUCCCUCCCUGGUCUGUGUGUCUGUCUGGGCUAAUUGAAUUGGAGGUCAGCUCAUUCUACAGUGCUUUGAUCAGGGUCUAAUAUCUGAGGUCUUGAAAGGUAAAAAGCAGGUACCCCCUCUUCCAAUAGAAGAGCAUGUUCCCUGUCUGUCAGUCUGCUGUGAUGGGCACUCACAGCAGCUGCUGUUAUAUUUGUUGUGGUCUGGUCAUCUGUCCUGUGCUGUCUGUUCUGGGUAGAUCCUUGUUAGUAGAGCCCCGCUCCCUGGUCAGUAAAAAUAAUUGAAAAAAUCUUUAUGAUCAAGGGAAGAAUUAAUUCUGGAAUAAUUCUGGUUACAUUUCUCGACAUUUUGUUUUUCCUGUUUAAUUUUCUUUUAACCACUGGUCUGCCAGCCUUGUAUUCCUGACUUGCCAGUUCUGGUCCGUUCAGUUGGAAUGCAUUAACUAUAAUGAAGUCAUUGAAAUCUUUAUUUAUCAGGUCUGGAAUGGAUCUUAGAGAAUUGUGUUGUUCUUUUCAGACUUUGAGCGUGUUGGGUCUUCUGUUCUCUGUCUCUUGUCAUCUGUGGCUGCUACCCUCUUAAAGUGGCCAUGGCCAGAGAACCUUCUUGCCUGCAGCAGUCUGUAAACACUUCCUGGGUUCUUGCCCCCUGGCAUUCUGGCAUUUACCUGCUGUCUGCUGUGACUACCUGUUCCUCUCGCACCAUCUUGUUUCAAGUAUCUCUCAGUGGCUUUCUUUUUUCAUCCUUUGCACUCAGCAGAUGACAUAGCUCCGUGGCUUGUUUGACCAUUGGUCUUACCCACCUCAUGCCUCUGUGAACUUCUUGUUUGCCAUCUAAAGUCCUUAUUUUUAAGAUUACUAGCUUAGUCUCAUUUUAGAAACUAUCUUUGCAUGUCACAGCUGUUGGGGUUGUAGAGAUAUUUGUAGAUUUUAUGAGUAAGACAAUUUCUGAAAAAUCCAGUGACCCUUUUGCCAGACUUUUGCAUUAUCGAAAUGCUAACAUUGACCCUCUUAGCUAGCCCAGUAUACCACUUAAAGGUUGUUAGGCACAAUUUAUCCACUUAGGGCGUAACAUGUAAAAGGUGACCUAACUAAAUUUAAAUAGUUUAUGCCUUCCAGCUGCCUGUUGUGAAUAUUUUGAGUGUGUGUACCUAAGUGAUAUACAUAGUACAAGUUUUAAACUCCUUAAGCAUCUCUUGAUUAGGAGCAGUGGUAGCUCUAAUGUAUCAAUAGACUGGCCUUGGUAAGUAAUAUAACAUAACCUGUAUUGGAUAGUCCUUCAUGACCCUUAGGAGUGAAAGCACUUCUCCAAGUUGCUUUCUUCCUCGCAGCCCGACUGUCCACGUAUUCCCUUUAGUGUCAGAUGGCCCAGCCCCACCCCCUGCUCGCUCUUCUGGCAUACUGUACAUUUGCUGUUGGCUCUUGGGAUUUUAGAAUGCUGAACUUUUGAAAUAUAAGGUAAAAGGCACAUCAGACCUUAUCAUCAUGGAAGGCAGACUUCACAUUGGGUGGUUCUCUCUGAUCUGGACAGCCUUUCACAUGGGGGACAAUUUAAAUCCACGCCCGUCCGUUUAUAAAACCUCGUUGCUGCAGGAGAGAGCAGCAAGAAGAGCUCUUCCAUGUAUUGAGAUGGCUGAGCAGGUUCUCAGCCUGAACCAUGCAGAAGGAUGCGUAGACUUAGCCUCAGAGAACGGCCCAGCUGUUCCCUUCUAAUUGCACUGUGUAUGGAGACAGGUUCAGCACAGUAUCGCUGCAGCAGGACUUGCACUCAAAGAUCAAAGCAGCUGCCUCACUGUGUUUAAAUAAUAAAGAAUGUCUGCACAUGCGUACAGGGUGAAUUUUAUUUUAUUUUAUUUUUUUUUUUUUUGUGGUGCUAGAAAUGGACCACCGAGGGCUGGUGUAGGUCUUGUAAGAGCUCUACGCUUGAGCCACGUCGUCAGCCCCAGGUUGAAUAUUGAAUAGGAAAAGUCAAGGUGUGUUAAUAUCAAACUCACUGACAGUAAGUGCACAGUGCACCUUAGCCCAGCAGCUCUUAGUGUAUAAUUCAGAGGAUACAUUUAGGGGACAUUUAGUGCAUUUAAUUUUGUUGCACAUUAACUUUUCUUAUUUAAAAAAAAUUUAAGGACUUUGAAUUAAGUCUCCGUAGUUUGUGUACCAAAAGAAAAUAACAAAAAUUGCUUUCAGUGGAACGUAACUGGUCAGAGUAUCUGAAUAACUGAACAUAUUAAGGAAUAUUACUUACAUUUGUUUAGGAAGGAAUUGCUUAUUCUGAGUUUGAAGGCAUGGACCAUUCCACUUGAGGGAUUACGCAUACACACAUUUACUUCAGUCUUAUCUUAAUGGAGCAGGAUACCCAGACAGGCCAGUUUUGGAGCUAGUAAAUGAGUAUAAAUAGUUUUCAUAAAUUCCCGUUUUUCCUGAAGUAAUUUCCCCACACAGUAGGCAGUUAAGUGUUGUCGGUACAGCUCUUCCCUUGCCCACCCUUGUUCCUACACCAGGGUUACUGGCACCAGUGCCAGGUAAGCACUGGGCCACUGAGCACACAGCCCAAGAGAUUUAUUUUUAAGGAAGUAACUUACGCAAAAGAGAGAGAUGAUGGUAAACAUUUUAAGUCUCAGGCUUUGGGUUCUGUUGGGUCCAGAUUGCCCGAGACUUAGAGUGCGUCUCACCGGCUCGUGCUCUACAGAAAAGUACUUACAGUGUUGUGCUCUGUCACUGCCUGGGAAUUCCAGAGCCAGGUCCUCACCGCUUCCAUCACUUUCCCCUUUUGUUUACUGUUGGCAUCGGAACACCUGAGUGAGUGUCAGCUGUCUCUUUAUAGAUUACUAUUUUAAAAUAUUUAUUUCAGAUGUUCAUAGAAUGCUCAAUUUUUUGAUGCAAGUUAUUUACAAAGGCAAAUAUAUAUAUUUAAUAAUUGAGAUAUAUUAUUUUAUUGCACAGCUUAUUUUCCAAAGCAAAUUUACUUUGUAGAUGUUUGUCUUUUGAGGAGAAAAACAAAUUUUUUUCUUUUGCCUCAAAAUACAAAUCAUAAACCUGUCUUCUGUCAUUAGUGACUCUUGUGAUAAUAUUUGCUUUUCACUUAUUUUGGAUUUAGCAAAACGAAGGCAUUUGUGAACCAGUUUGGAGUUGCCAGUUGACUCAUUGCAGCUCCGGUCUGAUGUUAGGAUUCAGGGCCGUGCUGGUCAGAUGUGGCAGUGUUUCCCUGCCUCCGUUUCCUCGCCUCACUGACUUGAGCGAGGCCUCUGUUAGUUCGUCUUCAGCAGUCAGUUUUACAGAGGAAAGCUUAGAACAUCUGUCCGCUACUGAGUGGAUUAGGUUCAGGUCCUGGAGAGGAGAGGAAAGAGACCAGCUAGAAAGCUUUCCAUCAGUCAAGAAGGAAAAAGAAAAGUGCAAAUGUAAUGUUUUUGAUGUAAACAUUGUGUUCCCUGUGACUUUUAAUGUGCUAAUUUUGUUAAUGUGAUCACCUGUGAUGUGUGAGUGCAGAUAAAGAUUUAAUUUUCAACAUGAAGACAACAGUUCCAGUUUCUAUUUUUACUAUUGAGACAGUUUUGAAAACAGAUGUCAUAUUAAAAAUUGUAUUUUUAAGUGGAAAUAAAUCAAUUUGAAAGUUA